CAAGUCGAUCGAUCAAUGCUAGACGUUGUCAAUCAAACGCUGGGCGAUGAUGACAAUGGCCAGCAAACGAGUGUAGCACCAGUGGUUGAUGCUCUAGCUAAAUACAAAGAUCGGCUACAGGAAAGGCUUUCAAGCCUCAAGGACCUCGACCUCACAGGUCAAAUCACUCAUGAUGCAGAGGCCCGCUAUCUUGGUGGUGGCAGCUAUGGAGAUAUACGAACCGGAAAAUAUCAGGGUGCUGAUGCUAGUACAAAGAUAGUCGCUGUGAAGACUUUACACAGUACCUCCACGAGAAUCCUGAAGGCAUCAAGCUAUCCAGCUUUUUGAAAGAGAAAUACGCGUGUGGUCAAAACUUAAACAUACAAAUAUUCUUCCGCUACUUGGUUACAUUGUAGACGAUUCUGGUCUUCCUGCGCUGAUAUCUGAAUUCAUAGAGAAUGGAACAGUUCUCAAGUACAUUGAGGCAAAUCCUGAGUUUGAUAUCAUCCUUAUGGUCUACACCUUCUAACUUCUGAUAUAUGCAUUGCUGAUACGUUAUAAAAUCUAGACAUUAGGGAUAGCUGAGGGUAUAUCACAUCUUCACAGCAGGAAAAUUAUCUACUCUGAUAUCAAGUCUGAUAACGUACAAUCACGAUUCAGAGGCGUUCCUUAAAUCCGUCUCUAAAACUGACUUUCCAGAUUAUUACGAAAAAUACGAAAUAGUUAUCAAAGAACCAAAGGACCUCCAAACAAUGAUCCGCAAAAUCAAACAAAAAUCCUACAAAUCCAAAGUCGAAUUCCAAGAUGAUUUCGAACUCAUCUGGUCGAAUUGCUUCGUCUAUAAUACGGAUGAUAACCACCCGCUGAGGAUGUGUGCGAAGCGGUUACGAGAGAAGGCCAUUAGGUUGUUGAAGAAUGUUACGGAUCGGAGGGAUCGACUUGACCCGCCUAUACCUACACCUACACACGUACCUGGACAUGGAGCUAUACAUGCAUCUGUACAACCGAAUGGGAUUAUGGUUAAUGGGAAUGGACAUGGACACGGGCAUGGACAUCAUUCGCGUAAACACUCAGCUACACCCGGACCUUUACAGUCAUCCAAAGUCCCUACCGUAAUCGUCAAGAGAUCUGGGGGUACAACCUCCCGACCUAUGUCUAUAGCUCCACCCUCCCUUCCACCUCCCCGACGAUUAUCGACGUUCGCAGACCAACCGGCCUUCGUACGAACUGCAAUGGGGAUGUCGAACUUUGCUUCGCUGGACCGUGAACUCUCCCUCAAUGUUGACCUUGACCUCAAUAUCGAACCGGAGAACCAGAGCAAUAAUAACGUCGCAGGCCCAUCCCGCCUUCCAACACCCGUCACCGAGAAACUCCGUCAAAUAGUCGUCGCGGACAGUAUCGACUCAGGCGACGACUAUGACCUCGACUACGGGAUGGAAAUAAUGAACGGAGAAGUAGGCGAUAAACGUAAACUCGCCGUUAACGGGGACGUCCGACCUCGAAAACGUGCGCGCACACGGACUAGGUCUUCCGGUGGUACUACUGCCUCCUCUUCUUUCAAUAUUCACGGUGAUGGUAUGGGUGUGGGUGUGGAUGGUGUGGAUGGUAUAGACCCUGUUGAGUUAUGGUGGGAAGCGACAACUACGAGUCAGCUUAUGGCGAACGCUUUGCCUUCCAUGCCCCACCCCGUUUCCUCCACUUCUUCAACUACUUUAGACACAGCCGCACCCUCGACAACACAACCGCAACUACGAAUACGAAAGAAAAAGAAGAAACGACGUCCCUCCCACCGCCACCUCUCCUCACAACCAGCACCACCGAAAUCCCUCCUCGGGCUUAUCAAUAACAACAUACGAAGCCUGCGGCGUGUACGACAGUUACAUGAUAAGUUCCUUGCUCUGAACGUUUUGGAUGAUGCGGGGAGUACGUUGGGUGGGUCUGGUGGGGGUCAGUUCUCGCAGUUUGGGGGUGGGGAGCCGAUGGAUUCGGGGUUUCGAUCUGGACUUGGUAACAGGAACGGGAACGGGAAUGGGAAUGGGAUGAUGGACAACCCAGAGAAAGAUGAUGUGCUUGUGGAUGACCGACCUUGGAGAUUGAGGUUGAAGAGUUUGCAACGAGGGUCGAGUAGAGAAUUUGGAAGGGUUGAAGGGGAUAGAGGGAGGGGAGGGGAAGGAGGGGUGAGAGGGUUAGAUGUAGGUGAAGAAGCUGCAGGGAGUUGUUGGAGGUGGGUGGGGAGGAAGGUGUUGGAGCAUUCUGGGUUUCAAAGCACCUCGAAAGCCGCACUGGACGUGUUCACGGGCGUAGUGAGCGAGUAUUUGUUUAAUGUGGGGAGGACGUUACGGUAUUUGUGUGAUAAGUAUUCGCAGCAGAUGAGCGCAGAAGAAAUCAUACUACAUACGGUAUUCGAAAGCGGGAUCACGCACAUCCGGGAUUUAGAGCGGUACAUCACGGAUGAUGUGGUGAGGUAUGGAAGUCGGUUGUCGGAUUUGGAGAAGAAGUUGGCGAAUGCGUAUAAUGAGGUGACUGUGGAGGCUGCGUUGGAUGACGAUGCGUUCUUUAAUGAAGAUGAGGAUGAGGAUAACGAGCUUGUAAUGGGUAACUUCGCUGAUGCGUUGGGUGUUGACUUCUUCGGUUUGGGCGAGCUGGGUAUCGCGAGCGACCUUGGUCUGCAGAGCCUAACGAUUCCCAAGAAGCUGCUUAGAGGGAAGAAUAAACAGCGGAAUGCUCAGAAUGGCGAACCUCCCCCUCCCUACCCUCCUCCACCUUCCUUCGCCCCACUCACCCCGCACCACGUCGACAACCCAUCAAAAGUCAUCGGCCUCCUCCGACCUAUUGACGUCCAACGCUUCAACGCCCACUCCAUUCGCACGAACCACGCUCGAGAAAUGGGGACAGAAGAGCCAGCUCCGAGGGUGCUGCCGCCCGUACGGAAUACGGAAGUGGGAGUGGGUGUUGUGGUGUUACCGGAUGACCAACCGCCUGUGGGGAGGACGAAGAGUGGGCCGUUGGGACAGGUUUUGAGGCCUGCUAGUGGGGUUGUGACGAAGAAGAAGGCUAAGAGUGGUAGAGGUGGUAGAGGUGGGGGAGGAGGAGGGAUGCGUGUACAUGGGCCUGCGGGACCUGGUGCUGGGAUACCGCCGCCGCCUUCGAUAAGUCAGAAUCCGAGUGGGACUAGGAGUGGGAGUCCGAGGAAGGUUGGGUCGUAG